CUCUGACUGUAUGUAUGAGGUCUGCCCAGCAGCAAGGAGGAAGUGAUCCAAGGUCCAAGCCUACCGUAGGUGGAAUACCUGGAAGCAGGUGGCCUGGCAAGCCGGGUAAGCAUCGGGAACCCCUUGAGGCUAAUGACUGCCCCACCUUGUUAGGCAGACUGUGUAGAGAAAUCGACGUCUAUGGUUGACAUGCUCAGGAUUUUCAGGACAAGAAGAAGAUUUUAGAGACCAAUACUCAAGAUGAAAGUGCCCUGGACAAGGUUAAUCCGCUUCACCACUGCCGAUGGCCGUGUUCUGCGCGGCGAACCAAUAUUGCCCAGCGAAGACUUUGAUCUUGGUAAAGUGACCGAGGCCGACCAGUUGAAAGUGAAGGUUAUUGUUGGUGAUGAUCCCUUCGACACCACUGGCAAAACGAUUGUGAGCGAUGAGGUUGCCACGGUGAAGAAGUUGCUGGGCCCAUUAGCAAAGGAGGAGGUGCCGAUUCUGCGAUGCGUGGGUCUCAAUUAUGCGAAGCAUAUCAAAGAAGCCGGGCGACAGCCACCACCGUUCCCUUUCAUCUUCUUCAAGCCCAACACGACGGUAACCGACCAUGAUGCUCCGGUCACAAUACCGAAGAUCGCACAGGAUGAUCAAGCAGACUAUGAGGGAGAACUCUGUAUGGUCAUCGGUCGCGAUGCAAAGGACGUCUCCAAGGAGGACGCCCUUAGCUACGUAGCAGCCUACACUGCUGGGAACGAUGUAUCGUCUCGCAAACUCCAACGUGACCCGAACCUAGCUGGACGUGUUCCACAAUGGGGCUUCUCGAAGGGCUUUGAUACCUUUGCUCCAUUGGGUCCUUGUCUCGUGUCCUCCGAGCUCAUUGGCGAUCCUGCCAAGCUGCAUUUGAAGACCAUCAUCGACGGAGAGACCAGGCAGGAUGAGAGUGUCUCGGACUUGCUGUUCGAUUGCGCCUACUUGAUUUCGUACUUGAGCCAAGGCACAACUUUACAGAAGGGAAGCGUCAUCAUGACGGGGACCCCUGGAGGUGUCGGAGCAGGCUUCAAUCCACCGAAGUAUUUGAUGCCUGGGACGACGAUGGAGGUUGAGAUAUCCAAGAUCGGCACUCUGAGAAAUACCGUGGAAUUUGCCUAGAUUUGCUAUCAAGGGACACAAUCAAAGUUCAAACAAGACGAGAUAGAUCAAGAAGUGCCAUUCGAGAUGCAACAAUAAAGAUGCCUGAAACGACACA